AUGGAGCUACGAUUGUCGUCCGACUGCGUCGCCGCACGCUUCCUCCUCCUGAUCCUCGUGACUCUGUCCUCCUCACAGGUGCCCUCGCCCUUGCACUCGCAGCGAAACGCCGGAGGAGGGGGAAACGUGCCGCGCGGUCACCGCACACCGCUGCCGGGCAUAUUCCUCUCCAAUGUGCGUUCACUGUCCAACAAAAUUGAUGAACUCCAGCUGCUGAUGGGGAAACGCCGAGACUGCGCCACAUCUGCAGUUUUGUGUUUCACGGAGACGUGGUUAUGUGGAUCGAUACCGGAUUCUGCGCUGCAGCUGGCAGGCUUCCAACUCUUCAGAGCGGAUCGUAACACGGAACUCUCCGGCAAGACUAAAGGUGGUGGAAUCUGUUUUUACACCAACAGUGGCUGGUGUAACGCUGUGACAGUGAUUCAGCAGCACUGCUCUCCUGAUCUGGAAACUUUUUUCAUCAACUGCAAACCCCUUUACUCGCCCCGUGAGUUCGCCUCAUUCAUUCUGGUCGGUGUUUACAUCACACCGCAGGCCAACGUGCAGGACGCACAGCGCACGCUCGCCGACCAGAUACUGCGUGUGGAGCGGACAUACCCGGACUCUUUAGUUAUUGUCCUCGGCGACUUUAACAAAGGUAACGUCACCCAUGAACUCCCAAAAUACAGACAACUUAUAAAAUGUCCGACCAGAGAGGACAAUAUUCUGGAUCACUGUUACACCACUAUCAGCAACGCUUAUCACGCCGUCCCCCGCACUGCACUGGGCCACUCUGACCACGUCAUGGUCCAUCUGAUUCCUGCAUACAGACAGAAACUCAAACUCUGUAAACCGGCUGUGAGGACAUCAAAGCAGUGGAGCAGUGAGGCUGUGGAGGAUCUUCAGGCGUGUUUGGAGACUACUGAUUGGGAUGUUUUCAGGACUGCCACCACCAGUCUGGAUGAGUACACAGGGACUGUGACUUCAUAUAUCAGUUUCUGUGAGGACUGCUGCAUACAAUCACGCACCAGGGUAAGCUACAACAACGACAAACCCUGGUUCAGUCCUAAAAUCAGACAGCUGAGGCUUCAGAAGGAAGAGGCAUUCAGGAGCGGGGACAGGGACAGGUUUAAGGAGUCAAAGUACAGGUUUAGUAAGGCGGUGAGGGACGCUAAACGGCUGUACUCUGAGAAUCUCAAAAAACAGUUCUCAGCCAACGACUCUGCGUCUGUCUGGAAGGGGCUCAGGCAGAUCACCAACUACAAACCUAAACCCCCCCACUCUGUCAACGACCUGCGUCUGGCAAACGAGCUGAACGACUUCUAUUGCAGAUUUGAAAGACAAUGGGACAGUCCUAACACCAACACCAUCCCCCGCCACCACCAGCCCCUGCCCUCCUGCAGCCCCACCCCCACCUCAGCAGGGGCCUGCCCCCACCCUCAACUGCCCACAUUGAAGGACCCCCUUCCAGUUCUCCACAACAGCCAACGGCGCUCCUUCAAAACACCAAAGGAGGCAAUGACAUUCAUUCAUAACCUGGUUCCCAAGUGUGAGAGCGGACCAGAAGAUGGACACUCAGUCAUUUUCAGUGCGACGUCUUUAGAGGUUCAAGGCUGGAGCUGUGCGUCCCAGACUCUGGAGGUCCGGUUGGGGGAAGACGUCACUCUGAUGUGCUCCAACAUCUCUGAAUCUUUAGCAUUCAUAGACUGGUUCAGAGUGACCAAAGGAGCUCAGCCCAGCUCUCUGCAUGACGGACAGUCGGUAACGGAGCUGGAGAUUACGGCUUCAGAUCUGAACUACUCGGCUCUAAAUUUCCAGGCCGAAGCAAAUCGGAGGUCCCGGCCUGCGUUAAGGAGACAACCAGACCCGCAUGUCGUCUCGGGUCUCAGCAGAAGACUUUCUCAGGAAGAGAGUCGAGUGGUCCGCUGCGGCUGGGCCCUGUUGGAGGCGGAGAGCCAGUUUUUGCAGAACAGCACACAGAACGUCCUGAUGAUCUCUUCCUCUGUUAAAGAUCAUGGACUCUCUGCUGAGGACGCCACCAUAACGAACUUGUAUCUGGUGUAG